AUGCCUCGGGAGGCCGAACCUUCCCUCAACGAGCGGGCCUUCGUAGUGCAGGCGCUCCAGGAAGGCCUGCGCCUCGACGGCCGCGCAUUCGACCAGUUCAGGGGGCUUGACCUGAAGUUCGGUGACCACUAUGGAGUGGCCGACGUCACCUUGGGCAAGACGAGAGUACUCGCCAACGUCUCCGCCGAAGUCACAGCCCCCUACAUAGACCGGCCCUUCGAUGGCAUCUUCACAAUCACGACCGAACUCAGCCCCAUGGCCUCGCCCGCCUUCGAAGUAAACCGACCGACCGAGACGGAAGUGCUGCUUUCCAGGUUACUCGAGAAGACAGUUCGGCGAUCAAACGCCCUCGACACGGAGUCGCUGUGUCUCAUCGCGGGUCAAAAGUGCUGGUCUAUAAGGGUCGAUCUCCACGUCCUCUCGCACGACGGCAACCUAAUCGAUGGUUCUUGUUUAGCUGUGGUGGCAGCGUUGCGCCAUUUCAGGAGACCCGACACGAGCAUAGAAGGCGAAACAUUGACCGUCUAUACGCCCGCUGAAAGAGAGCCGGUACCGCUGAGUUGGCUACAUUCACCAUUUUGCAUCACAUUCAGCUUCUACGGAGAAGAGGGGGAGAUCAUGUUAUUGGAUGCCACUCUGCUGGAGGAGCAAUUGAGAGUCAGCAGCUGUAUUAUCAGUCUCAACAAGCACGGCGAGAUUUGUCAGAUCGCAAAGCUAGGCGGCACACCUGUGGAGGCUGUAUCCCUGAUCCAAUGCGCGAGUGCUGCUCUCACCAAGGGAAAGGAGCUCUCGACAUUAUUGGAUCAAAAGUUGGCCGAGGAUUCCAAGCGGAGAGACAAGGGAGGCCUGCUGGCAGAAUUGUCGGCCGAAAACGAGAGAUAG